CUUGCCACCAUGUCGGAGGAUAUCGACAAGCAUGUGUUGCGCAAGUACAGCGUAGUCCAGAAGCUCGGAAAAGGGGCGUACGGGAUUGUGUGGAAGGUGGUGGACCGUAAGACGAAGAAAACGCUUGCGCUGAAGAAGAUCUUUGACGCCUUCCAGAACUCGACGGACGCGCAGCGGACUUUCCGGGAGAUCAUGUUCCUGCAACAGCUCAGCGGGCAUGAGAACAUCAUCCGGCUGACGAACGUGCUCAAGGCGGACAACGAUCGCGACAUCUACCUUGUGUUUGACUACAUGGAGACGGACUUGCACGCCGUCAUCCGUGCCAACAUUCUCGAGCCGAUCCACAAGCAGUAUCUUAUGUACCAGCUGCUGAAGGCGCUCAAGUACAUGCACUCUGGCAACGUCAUUCACCGCGACAUGAAACCGUCGAACCUCCUCCUCAACUCAGAGUGCGCGCUCAAAGUGGCCGACUUUGGGCUCGCGCGGUCUGUGGCGACGCCCGAGUCCGAGGGCGUGACGCAGCACGUGUGA